CGGAUACGCAUGGAGCCUCCAUCACCUCCAGUCUCUUUUACGCACCGAGCCCGAUGAUGCGCGCAGGUACUGGCACCUGAACGCCACAUUUUCAGCCGCUACACUCCAGAUUUGACUUCCUCUUACGGACUAAUAUGAAAGAAGUGGAUGUAGAGGUGUGACACAGCCACGAAAGGAGGCAUUUUUUUUUUCCUCUCUCUUGUAUGUGUGUGUGUGUGUGUGUGUGUGUGUGGAUCGUUCUUGUGUUUUCCCAGCCCCGAGCGUCAGCAUGGAUGUCUUGGCGAACCACAGUAUCUUUCAGGAACUUCAGCUGGUGCACGACACCGGCUACUUCUCCGCCAUGCCUUCGCUGGAGGAAAACUGGCAGCAGACCUGCCUAGAAUUGGAGCGCUAUCUGCAGACUGAGCCCAAGCGUCUUUCAGAGCUCUUCGACCAAGACCUGGAUGGCCUUUUAACACCGGCCUACCUGAAGGAGGACGGCGAGGAAGAGCUGACAGACGCACUUCUCCCCAGCCUUCCCACCCACUCUGAGCCCCCAAGCCCCCAUCCGGUGGUCCUUUGCCCAACACGUAAGAAUUUCCCCUCCACACCCGCAAUGAAAAGAGACCUCAAACCCAAGUUGGAAAAUGUUGAAGGGAUGGAAGGCGUCCACCAUGCCCAGCUGAGCGCUGUCACUUCCCUGACACCCCCGUCGUCGCCAGAGCUGGGCAGGCAUCUUGUCAAACCCAACCAGACGCUGACGGCAUCAGCUGAUGGGACGCUAACCCUGAAGCUGGUGGCCAGGAAGGUUGGGCUUAGCGCGGCAAGGCUGGUUGCAGCACAUGCACUUCCUGUCCGGAUGAAGGAUGAAGAGGAGGGGGCUGCAUGUGUGAUUGGGGUUGGGGAGCUACCUGAGAACAAGAAGAGGAUUCACCGUUGUCAAUUCAAUGGCUGUAGGAAGGUGUACACCAAGAGCUCCCACCUAAAGGCCCAUCAGAGGACACAUACAGGUGAGAAGCCGUACAAGUGCUCGUGGGAGGGCUGCGAGUGGCGAUUCGCCCGGAGCGACGAGCUGACGAGGCACUACCGCAAACACACCGGCGCCAAGCCUUUUAAGUGCAACCACUGUGACAGGUGUUUCUCGCGGUCGGAUCACUUGGCGCUACACAUGAAGAGGCACAUCUGAGGGAUUUGAGAGAGGUCAGCGGGAGUGGAAGAGAGAGGGGAAGGGGAUGGAGGCGGAGUGGAAGGAAGAGGGAGCAUCAUCUGCAGUAAAAUUACACCAUGGAUCUAAGAGAGAGUGACUAUAGGUGAUGGAUUUAAAAAAAAACAACAGGACUUGGGAAAGAGGCACCACACAGGGACGCUGACUACAAACACAAACAGACUGGUCCAAAAUGGCUCGGUCAAUCUGUGCAUGACCAGUUGGUCCAUGAUUCCGCAGUGACACGUCACCACCUUGCAAACGCCUGUCGUUUUGGCCUGGACGUUCCAGAUGCUCCAUCCCACCCUUCGUAUGCAUCUCAGACGGGAUGUCACGCACUGAAUGGUGGACCACGUGCCUGUAGUUGGCAGCUCUUUGUUGUAGUUGUCAUCGCAGCCUUUGUAAGCGUCCCUUGCUAGAACACUUUUCAAAUGUCAGCCCUGUUCACGCAGCAGCACUCAAAGUACCAGCAAGCUCACCAACGCCCAACUAGACAAGUUGUACCGCAAUUUCAGUGCACCUUCAGCAUCGCAGCUGUUUGUAUAUUCAAGAUUUGCUGUGCGUAGAAUCUUGAGUUGACGAGGAGAGAUCGUCUCAAACAGCAGCCGAACAGCAUCAUCUACCAGGAAGAGCAAGCAAGCAAGAGAGAUGGCUUUCUCUUCCUCAAAGGUGCCGCGGCCUUUCCAAUUUGUCGAAGGGUUUAUUAUCUAACAAUGGACAGAUAAUAAUUUGACAUUUUUUCAUCUGACCUCUGUCAAAUCUGUCAACUGGAUCCAUUUAUAAAACCUCCUGGUUCGAUUGCAUUGGAGCACUUGUUUGAACGGAGCGUUGGAUUGGAUUUGCCCAAUGCUCCAAGAUGGGAAUGCGUUGCACUGAUGUACUCUAAAGACUGAUGGAGGUCAUCCAGAGGACUGGCUUGCUUUAUGAACAUCAUCCAGGGGUUAGCGCUGGAUGAGGCUAACUAAUCUACUCUGGGACGGACUGUUCAUUUCCUAGAAUGUCAGCUGAAACCGAGAGAUGCUAGAUGGCUCCGAGGAUUGUUUCCUCCUCUCCAGGAUCUUUGCUCGUAUGAUUUGACGUCAAGAACUGUUGCACAAUUGACUCUUUGCAAACUUUUUGUAAAAAUGCCCCAUUGACAAUUCGGGACUCAUCAAACGUUGGCUUUCACAUGCCAUAUAAGUGUGGACAGCCACAUGCACAAGUUGAAGCAGCUAGCUGACUGCGAUAGCACACCGAACGCAACCAAGAUCACUAUGUAUGAUAAAGGCUAUAUCGUUUCUAAGAAAAGAUUCUCCUAUUUGUUCAAAACAGACAAUUGAGAGGACCAUUUUGAAAAACACAUUGGGAAUAGAUGCAGCCAAAAAAAAAAAAACACACGUGUCUACUGUGGAUGCCUGAAAUGAUCUCUUUGGCCUUUGAGAGUGAUUGGCACCAAACUAGCCACUCGGUUGAGGAGGGCUUUGCCCUGUUCACACCAACCAUGCAGAUCUCUUCAAAUUUCACAUCUCUCAGACUUAAUCACAGAGAAAAGCAGCAUUCAAAACCUCUCCUAAUCGGGCCCUAUGCACAUCCAAGAACAUUCCUGCUGACUUCCUGACCAUCAUGCAUGUCUGAAUGCAGAUUUCUGCCCUGCUGGACACAGAAGGACUUGAAGGAAGAAUUAUUUGACAAAUUCAAUCAAUUGGAUGGCUCUUCUUUGAGCAAAUCAAUGUGAAUGUAUCUGUUGUUAGUCUGUACAUGUUGCCAGGCCAAUGAAAACACUUGAGAGAGGUUGAUUAGAUCAUACCAGACACCAUUUGUGUUCAUUCAGUGGUCUCUUUUCACAUUAGAAAUGAAUUGUUGGACUUGGAAUAACUAGCAAGUCACAGCUUGUAGCUUUUGACAUUUUACCGGUCGUUCUGGACCAGCUCGAGGUCAUGAGUGCAGAUUUCCAGUGGGUGGCUGAAAUGGGUACAGGGAGGAACAGAUCUGCUCAGUCAGCAGUGAUAACUGCCCCAUCAGCUCAUGAAACUGCUGUGGAGUGAAACCCACACACACGAUACACAUUCAUACACUCCUGGCAAAACUGGAAUUAACCUUGUCCUUAAUGAGCCAACUCUUUUCCGAUAGAGCAAAGAAGCAUAAACUAGUCGAGUUUCAUGUUUUCAGUACACCAUCAGAAAAGGCUUUUGGAUGACUCAACCCAUGCGCACACAAAUCCAAAUAAGGCAGCUCGGACAAAAGUAGAUUGUCAGGAUUCUUGAGAAGUCUUUUGGGAACAACUGUGUUGGGGUGUUUAUUCUUUAUUUAACAAGACUUUUUAAUACUUUGAGGCAAAGUGAGGCACACAGCAGUCUGCUUUUUUGGCAAGGGAGACACAGAAUUGAUUUCUCUCUGUGUACCAGAGGCGCAUUUCAAUUUCGGGUAUGAAUGCAGCCCAGCUCAAUCAUAUCUAGUCAUGAUCUGUCUGCAGCUCUGGAAGUAGAAUCUGUAUCAUCCCCUGCAUAAAUAUCAACUCUUUCCCACUUAACUUGCAAACAAGCAAUGGUCCCUUUUAUGUUCAACAUCUAGCGACAGGCCUUCACUUGCAAAGACAGGACCAUAAUAGAAACCAAUUGGUGCAAGUUUGAACAACUUUUUUUUCUUUCAUGAAAAUGUCGUAUGAUCCAGGUUGCAGCCAAAAGACGAUCAAUGAUACCAAUGCUAUCAAUACUGUCAAUGCUAGCAGUCAGUCUUGCUUGUUGGCUUGACUUAAAGUCAGUCUAUUGGCGAGCAUUCUGGUGAACAUACUGGUGAAGAAAUCAGAUUUGGUUUUAUUUGAAAUAUCAAGUUCAGACAAGAAUGUCAAAAGCAGGCUUUGGUUUUCCUGCUAAGUCAGACUCUCCAGUUGGAAGAUAAAAUGAAGGACAGCAGUUUAACCCAUGGGUUAAAUUUGUAUCAUCAAUGGCAGCUCUACUUGUGUGCGUCAGUAUUUAAACGGGGCACUCUCCUGUUCAACCGAAUGCUUGCGAAUGUGUGGGAAUGUGCAGUUUUUUUUGUUCAUGUUCUGUACCGAUCACAAACAGCUGAGGGUCUUGGACUGAAAACACAGAAUGUGUUGUUGUUUCUCACGUUCAUUGAGACUUUAAGAAGCCAAGACAUGUGAAUAAAUCAAAUGACAGGCAGUUUGAAAAUCCGGACUUGACAUCAACACACACUUCUUCUCUUGCCGGGAGCUGGAAAACUGGGAUAUCAAAUGUGAAUGUGUUUGCUGGAAAGGUUGUUUCAUGUAGUCUCCGAGGAUGCGGUUCACUUCUGUGUCAUCUUAAUGAAUGAUUGUCAAUUCUGCUGUGCCUGUGUGUUCUUUGUCUGUUUGUAUUUGCACUCUGAAUUUUUUGGAAAAACCACUUGCAUAUCUGAUGUUUUUUCUGUCCGCUUGUACACUACACUUCUCACGAUGACCCCCGGGUGAUGAAACACUGAUCACAAAGUCUGUAUAGUAGCUGUUUUUAGCACAAAUAUACACAUUCCUGCAUACAUGGUACAUAUUUUACACACACUACAGACAUGCAAACACAUACACACGCUACUGUACAUGCAUGCACACACUCCCCGAACACACGCAUUCAUGCAAAAAACACACAUACACAUUCAUGCACACACACAUACUCAGUUCACACAAACACUUGAAGGUACUUCCGAAUACACACUCGCACUCCGUUCUCCUUGUGUGUUUUUCACCAUUUUUCAUGCCAUCUUGUGAGAGUCUAGAGAUCCAGACUGCAGCUUCGCUCUCAGCAGAGAGAGUGAGAGGGGUGGGGAGGGGGCAUGCAUUACUAUGUGUGACACCACCUCUGUUUCCACCAGGUCUGAAUUUCAUAUCAAACGCACCCCCUUUUUCUACCAGCAUUCCCUCACCGUCGCAAAAAAAAAAAAAAAAACCCACCUCCCCCUCCGCUUCCCCCGCCCCUCCACCACCUCCAUUUUCUCAGAUAUGAUCCCUUUCAACUGUCCGACUCCCCCUUCCUCUUCCCCUCGCUUCCCUUCCCCACCUUUUCCAUCCGUUGUCUUUCUCCUUUUCUUUCGCUGUACAAAGUGUUUCAAAUUUAUCAUUUGUAUAUUAUGAUGUAUGGGUACGAUAAUGUUCUUUAUUAUGGAUAAAAAUGAGAAAGAUUUAUUUUUGUUACUGGUUUGUUUCAUAAUUCCUUUUUUAAAUUGGUAUUGUAAUAUCUCUAUGCAAGGAACUGUUCGGUGAAUCGUUUUUAUUUAAGAAUGUAAUUACGUGUAAUAAAUGGUAGAAGCAG